AUGACUGCCACACUACGAGACAGCAUCUGCCAAAUGGGUAGGAUGGAAAUUCCAAGACCAGAGUUUAAGGGAAUGCAGUUUGUUGCCACGCGCGGUAAAAUGGGAUUUUAUCGAACCAUACGGGCUAAUGGUGCUCAAUAUGGACUCCAAAUGAAGCAACAACCUCCUCGUCGCCCUGCUUUGAGCAGUUCUCUCUUCCAGAGGCCUGAUACUGUUAAAGAGGAAGAUUCGGAUGAUACAAUUUCUCCUCCACCCACUCCGAGAAGACAAGAGUAUGGUCAUAGCGAUAAUGACGAUUCCAGUAGUAGCCAGAUGUCCAACUAUUCAGUUUCUCCUCAGCCACCGUCUCCAGUUGAUUUGCCUCCAGAUUAUCCUGAUGACUAUGUACCAAUUCAUCUUAGAAAACAACCUCAGAAACUUGAUAGCCGUUUCAUCAAGCGCUAUCAGUAA